CCUACAUAAGUAUGUAGAAUAAUAAUUAAUAGUUGUUGAAUUAAUUGGGCUGGUGCUUUACGCGUAUCGCGUUCUUUCGCACUAAUUUCUUCCAAGCUCAUCUUUUCCCUACUGCACUACAAACACACUCAUUUCGAUUUUCUUCAUUCCAUCCUGCGCGAAACGCCAAUCCGAGAUGGCUCCCGCGCCUGUUGCUGAUGAUGUUGACGUGGACAUGGCGUUGCAGGAGGUUGACGAAGAUGAGGAACAAAGACUCAUUAAUGAAGAAUACAAAACAUGGAAGAAGAACUCGCCCUUCCUUUACGAUAUGAUCCUGAGUACUGCCUUGACAUGGCCUACUCUAACUGUUCAGUGGUUUCCCGAUGUCAAGGAACCCGAAGGAAGAAAUUGUCGCAUUCACCGAGUUCUUAUCGGAACACAUACUUCCGAGGGAAAUCCGAAUCACGUUCAAAUCGCCGAGGUCGAAAUCCCUAAAUCGGCUCGCCCCAAUGCCAAUGACUUUGAUGACGAGCAUGGUGAGAUAGGUGGCUAUGGAAAGUCCUCAGCUGCCGCUUCGCCAGCGGCUAUGAGGUGGAACAUUGUCCAGAAGAUUGACCACCCCAGUGAGGUCAACAAGGCCCGCUACUGCCCACAGAACCCGGAUCUUAUCGCAACAUUGGCUGUCGACGGUCGUAUUCUCAUCUUCGACCGAACCAAACACAGCUUUGAGCCAAAUGGCAAAGUUAAUCCUCAAAUUACUCUGGAGGGGCACAGGCAAGAAGGAUUUGGUCUUAACUGGAGCCCACAUUCCGAGGGCUCUUUGGCAUCGGGGAGCGAAGAUCAGACAGUUUGCCUUUGGGAUCUCAAGUCAUUACAGAGUGGUAGCCACAUCCUUAGUCCCGCACGCCGCUUUACUCACCAUACCAACAUCGUCAAUGAUGUGCAGUAUCAUCCUAUCUCCAAGAACUUCAUCGGCAGUGUAUCUGACGAUCUAACCCUACAAAUAAUGGACCUCAGACAGCCAUCCAACACACAAUCCUCUUUAGUCGCCAAAGAUGGGCACAGCGAUGCUAUUAAUUCCCUUGCCUUUAACCCGUCCACUGAAGUCCUCGUGGCAACUGCUUCUGCCGACAAGACCAUAGGCAUUUGGGAUCUACGUAAUGUUAAAGAGAAGGUUCACACGCUAGAAGGCCACCAAGACGCUGUCACCUCGCUAUCUUGGCACCCGCAUGAGGCUGGUGUUCUUGGUAGCGCCAGCUACGAUCGCCGCAUUAUCUUUUGGGAUCUGAGCAGGGUUGGCGAGGAGCAGCAGCCUGAUGAGCAGGAAGAUGGACCUCCAGAAUUAUUGUUCAUGCAUGGUGGCCACACGAACCACCUCGCGGAUUUCAGCUGGAAUUUGAACGAUCCUUGGCUUGUAGCGAGCGCAGCCGAAGACAACAUGCUUCAGAUCUGGAAAGUGGCUGACUCGAUCGUUGGCAAAGAUGAGGCAGAUCUCCCAUUAGAUGAGCUUGGAAGAUAAGAUAGUGGACGAAGCUAAGGAGUAGGGAUUUAAAGUUAAGCCUUGUUGAUACGGAGAACAGGGGAAGGGAAAGGACGCAAAUGUGGCCUUGCGUGCUUUUAGCACCAACAAGCUAAGCGUACACUGCCGACCUACUCUCAAAACUAACUGACUGGUUGGUGGCUGGUGGAAGACUGGUUGGUCACCGGUUAGAGGUAGUAUGUCUAAUGAAUAACACCUAGGUUACUAUCCACGGAUGUACUAUGUAGUAGAUAGCCCUAGAGUCAUCCUCAAGCCCCUUGUUAUUACAUCUGGUUGUCGGAAUAGCUGAAGACAUCACCAAGAGGUUUUGCAUACGUAUCCGAUAAUAUAAUUAUCAGAUGAUGCAAGCACUCCUUCUAACAGAACUGGGCACCUGACCUGUCUGACCAUUUAAAUCUGGCCUAGGGCAUAUUUUAGGGUUAUUCAACUGAGUCUUUUUCACGCAUAUCCAUUUACUUGACCUUUAUUCCUUCUUCUUUUUCC